GGUGCGAAGCGCCGGCGCGAACCCCGCGUCCGCCCAGCGAUCGUAGAGGAAGUGGCCCUGCUCCGGGUGGGGUGGGCAGGGAGACGCCCCCCGCCACUCGCUCGCUGGAGUUUGCCUGCGCGCCGGGCCUCUUCGGCCCCGAGUCCCGGGCUCCCCCUCCGGAUCACCGACGGCAGCUGGAUCCGGAGAGUAUGGUGCCAGCGCCCGGGUUAAUCUAGUCCUCCGCUCGCUCCUGUUUUCUUCCUCUCGCUCCUCCUUGACCUCCUGCCGGUGCUGCCUCGGGGUUCCCGGCGUGUGGGAGUACAACUCUCUGCCUCUCCAAGGAGACUGGUUUGCAACCCCCUAAUAACCUAACUUGCCUCAUUGGAAGCAAACCCAGAACAGCUGGAUAAUGUCCACUCCGAGCAGAUUCAAAAAGGACAAAGAGAUCAUAGCCGAGUAUGAAAGUCAAGUCAAAGAAAUUCGGGCUCAACUGGUAGAACAACAAAAAUGCCUGGAGCAGCAAACGGAGAUGCGAGUUCAGCUUCUCCAGGACCUGCAAGAUUUCUUCCGGAAAAAAGCAGAAAUUGAGACGGAAUAUUCCCGGAACCUUGAGAAGUUAGCGGAAAGGUUCAUGGCAAAAACCAGAAGCACAAAGGAUCAUCAGCAGUACAAAUUGUCUGCUCACAGGCUGCAUGCAGCAAUGGCAGACCUUUGUCACCUGGAUGCUGAAUGCCACAUUCACCUAGCAAUGCCUUUAGUAGUAACUACUCUAGGAGAUGCCCUAGGUUCCAGGGAGCAAGCCUGUAGGUCUCCAGGAAUAGAAAUCAUGGCCAAGCCCCACCCAGUGUUGCGCUUGUUACAGUGCUCUGUAGAGAAAGCUGUUUUGGCUCAAGGGGAAGUUACAAGCAAGUGUCACAGUAGCAUGUUAGGACUGUACCAGGUAAGAGGAAGGGGGAGAGUCCGGGCAGAUGGAACAAAGAGCUUGGGAAAAGCACUGAGAUGUGAAAGCAGGACCUGCAAGUUAGCAGUUUAUGGCGAGGCUGACAGAUACAGGAGCAAAGAGAUUGCAUUCCAGCUUCAUGAGGAUUUAAUGAAGGUUCUUAACGAGCUGUACACGGUGAUGAAAACAUACCAUAUGUAUCACGCAGAGAGCAUCAGUGCAGAGAGCAAGCUGAAAGAGGCCGAGAAACAAGAGGAAAAGCAAAUUGGACGGUCUGGCGAUCCAGUCUUUCAUAUUAGACUCGAAGAGAGACAUCAGCGGCGAAGCUCUGUAAAGAAAAUUGAAAAAAUGAAAGAAAAGAGACAAGCCAAGUAUUCGGAAAAUAAGCUGAAAUCGAUUAAGGCACGGAAUGAAUAUCUCCUAACACUUGAAGCCACCAAUGCCUCAGUUUUCAAGUAUUAUAUUCAUGAUCUUUCAGAUUUAAUUGAUUGUUGUGAUCUUGGCUACCAUGCAAGUCUGAACAGAGCCCUGAGAACAUAUCUCUCUGCGGAGUAUAACCUUGAAACCUCCAGACAUGAAGGCUUAGACAUCAUUGAGAAUGCAGUUGACAAUUUGGAGCCCAGGAGUGAUAAGCAGAGAUUCAUGGAGAUGUACCCUGUUGCCUUCUGUCCACCAAUGAAGUUUGAAUUUCAGUCUCACAUGGGUGAUGAGGUGUGUCAGGUCAGCGCUCAGCAGCCGGUCCAGGCGGAGCUGAUGCUCAGGUACCAGCAGCUACAGUCCCGACUGGCCACGCUCAAAAUCGAGAAUGAGGAGGUUAAGAAAACAACCGAAGCCACCUUGCAGACAAUACAAGAUAUGGUCACAAUCGAGGACUAUGAUGUUUCCGAAUGCUUUCAGCAUAGUCGCUCCACAGAGUCCGUGAAAUCUACUGAAUUCAGAGAAAAAAGAGAAACAGUGUUGUUGACAAUGACAAGGAAUCGCAUGGCUGCUGCUAGAUCCACAGUUUGUCAGCCUGUUACCAAGGGCCCAGUUGAAAACAAAUCUUUCCUUCUGCAGAAACUCAGAGAAUACUUGGAAGGUAGCAAUCUCAUCACAAAACUUCAAGCCAAACAUGACUUGUUGCAGAGGACCCUUGGAGAAGGUCACAGAGCUGAGUAUAUGACUACAAGCCGAGGACGAAGGAACUCGCACGCGAGACAUCAGGACUCGGGACAGGUCAUCCCCCUCAUUGUGGAAAGCUGUAUCCGGUUCAUCAAUCUCUACGGUCUUCAGCAUCAGGGGAUUUUCAGAGUGUCUGGUUCCCAGGUGGAAGUCAAUGACAUUAAAAAUUCAUUUGAGAGAGGGGAAAACCCUUUGGCUGAUGACCAGAGUAACCAUGAUAUUAACUCAGUUGCUGGCGUUCUGAAGCUCUAUUUCCGUGGGCUGGAAAACCCCCUCUUUCCUAAGGAAAGAUUUAAUGAUCUGAUUUCUUGUAUCAGAAUAGAUAAUCUCUAUGAGAGGGCGCUUCACAUCCGCAAACUCCUGCUGACCUUGCCCAGGUCGGUCCUUAUAGUGAUGAGGUACCUCUUUGCCUUCCUCAAUCAUCUUUCACAAUACAGUGAUGAGAACAUGAUGGACCCUUAUAACCUGGCCAUUUGCUUUGGCCCAACAUUGAUGCCCGUCCCAGAAAUACAGGAUCAAGUGUCUUGCCAGGCUCAUGUGAAUGAAAUUGUCAAAACCAUUAUCAUCCACCAUGAGACUAUUUUCCCAGAUGCUAAAGAGCUGGAUGGCCCUGUUUAUGAGAAAUGUAUGGCUGGAGACAACUACUGCGACAGCCCAUACAGCGAGCACGGUACAUUGGAGGAAGUGGAUCAGGACGCGGGGACAGAGCCCCACACCAGUGAAGACGAAUGUGAGCCAAUAGAAGCCAUAGCCAAGUUUGACUAUGUUGGGCGAUCUGCCAGAGAACUGUCCUUCAAGAAGGGAGCCUCCCUGCUGCUGUAUCACCGCGCGUCUGAGGACUGGUGGGAAGGAAGACACAACGGCAUUGAUGGGCUUGUACCUCACCAGUACAUAGUGGUGCAAGAUAUGGACGAUACAUUUUCUGACACUCUGAGCCAAAAAGCAGACAGCGAGGCCAGCAGCGGGCCAGUCACUGAAGACAAGUCUUCAUCCAAGGAUAUGAACUCCCCAACAGACCGUCACUCUGAUGGCUAUUCAUCCAGCUACCUUUACCACAAUGAUAUUGAAGAGACGAUGAACACUGCUUUGAAUGAACUCCGAGAACUGGAGAGGCAGAGUACGGCAAAGCACGCCCCCGACGUGGUUCUGGAUACCUUAGAACAAGUGAAAAACUCGCCCACGCCAGCCACUUCCACCGAAUCUCUCAGCCCUUUGCACAACGUUGCCCUCCGGAGCUCAGAGCCUCAGAUUCGACGAAGCACUAGCUCUUCCAGUGACACAAUGAGUACUUUUAAGCCGAUGGUGGCGCCCAGAAUGGGUGUGCAGCUGAAGCCUCCAGCCCUGCGGCCGAAACCUGCUGUUCUUCCAAAAACAAACCCUACCAUAGGACCUGCACCUCCCUCCCAGGGUCCGACAGACAAGUCUUGCACGAUGUAAAAACCAGCUGAGCAAGGUCCCACGGGGAGGUGAUUUAAAAAAGAAAACGGAUUCGUGACAACAGUCGGCAGUCCAUAACUUUCCUUUAGUGUUGUGCUUAUAACUGGAACUCUUCUGGCUUUUCUAUGUUCUCGAAUGUAAUGUCUAAAACUAGCUAAAGUAACAUGGGCAUUUGUAUUUUGUAAUUUCUUUUUUUUUUUUUAAUAACUGGACAUAUCUUCUGUCAUUUUAAAGACAAUAGAAACACUUAGACUUACUUGAAAAUUCAAUGCUGCACCGUUUGUAAUGAAGGCAACGCCACACUGCUCUCCGUAUUACGCAGUGAGUGCUUCAGGUUUGGUGUAGCCUGGCCGAGUCCGAAAUGUCUGGAUCCGAAGGCUCAAGAACCUGAGCUCCAGUUGGUCUGUGGCAGUUGGGGUAGUGGCGGAAAGGAGAAUGGCAUUGUUUAGUAGCUGACAGUGAGCACCUCUGAUUCCAUGCAGUUGUCACAGUGGGACAUUCCCAGUGGGCCCUUCAGCCAUAGCCUGAAGGAGUUGGGUGAUGGCCUCUUUCAUAACAAGUCAUUUCCCUGGGUCCAGGCUGAUGACUCAGCGGAAGGGGGUAGAACCUGUGCAGUUAUUGCCUGAACUGAACCUGGGAAAGGAGAGAGAGAGGCAGUCCUCCAGAGCUAUCGAUGUGACUCCUUCCACAAGCCCGAUCAGGCUCCAGGAGACUUUCUGGUUACGUUACUCCACUAAUGCCUUCUGGGAUCUGUUGUUCAGUAACUGCCUGACAAUAUUUCCAGCUCCCCCAAAUCUCUGUGCCCUCCUCUGUGGGAAUGGAGAAGGCAAGCAGCACACAAGCCCUUGGUUUACUCAGCCUUCUCUUCUCCUGACUAAAUGACCUUGGUUUCUUUAAACACACUACAGAGGCCUGAUGAUCCUAAAUUGAAUCUCCAGCUUUCGUCUCCGUUGGUCUCCUUGAGCCAACCUGGAGCUGGCUAUGGUACUGGAGGGAGAGCCGUGCCGGCCACGGUGGGAGGAUUACCUCGUGGUGCCAGGGUCAUUUCCUCCCAACUUUGCACCCUGGAGCCAUGACUUUUUUUUUUUUCUUUUCUUUUCUUGCCUUUUUUCAUGUGGUCUCUACAUAACUCACAUAGUCAUCUGAGUUCCACUAGGGUCCCUCUUUCUCUGACAUCCUAGCACAUAGACAACUUUAGCCCAUAUUUAUGCUGUUUCCCUCUGUCUUAAAAAGGUCACUUUGAAUUCAGUUUCUU